CUCGGGGAAGAAGAAAAAAACGGACCAAGUCACAAAAACUGUGGAUCGAUUGCAUGACUUUUUGAUGAAUAUCUAUUUUUUGUCUUCAUUCAUGCUCCCGCUUUGCAAAAUAUGCCCGCGAUUAACGGCUUUUCGAUCGAUUACAACGCCCUGAAUGAGGACAGGACCUUCUCCGAAGGGGACACCCUCUCAGGGAAAGUCACGCUGGCCUUGCUAAAGCCCACGGCCGUGCAAAACCUGUUCGUCAAAGUCAAAGGAGAGGCUCAAGUCCGCUGGACGACGAGGAGCGGGAACCACAACUACACACACUCGGCACACCGCAGAUACUUCAAGCUCAAGUACUUUUUGAUCACCGCUGCAGAGAGCGAUGAGACUGUGCUUCCCCGAGGUACCCAUGUGUAUAACUUUAGCUUUACCUUACCGUCAACGAGCAUGCCUUCAACCUUCAAAGGCAGCCAUGGAUCUAUUGUAUACAAGCUGGAAGCAAAGUUGUCCAGAAGUUGGAGAGUGGAUCAGACUAUUGAACAAAAGAUACAUUUUUGCUCCAGGUCUUUCCCGCAACUACAAUCACUGAUGUCACGACAAAUUGGAGUAACAGACAAAGAAGUGGGAAUGUUCUCAAGCGGACAUGUGCACAUGGAAGUCACUGUUGAUCGGACGGCUUAUGCCCCAGGGCAAACAUCAGUGGUUGUGGCAAAAAUCAACAACUCCUCAUCCAGUGACAUGACACCCAAAGUGCGUUUGUCCCAGGCCGUCGUAUACACCGCCAACACCAGUACCAAACACGAAAGCAUAACUAUCCACAAACUAGCUGGCCAAAGUAUUGGACCUCACUCGGAGAAGGAGGUCAGUUGGGCGUUGAAGAUUCCCACCAAUCAGGAGCUGACCAUCAAGAACUGCGAGAUCCUCUCAGUGGAAUACUGCUUAAAGGUGUACUUGGAUAUCAGUUUUGCCUUUGACCCAGAGGUCAAGCUCCCAAUCAUCAUCAUACCUUCUGCACUAACGUCCAGUAUUCAGCCUGGUGAUUUUGGGCCAUCUCACAACAGCGACUUCCUCCCUCCUGCAGCCAGUGUGCCUUGUUAUCCUGCCUCCCCAGCAGCCCGAGCAUAUUCAGCACCCCCGCCUUCUUACCCGGGUAAUCCAUUUACUCGCCCACCGGUCAUGAAUCCUAAUCAGCCUGCUUCCAUGGCAUGGGGUUACAACACUCCAGGAUCUUCUUCAUACGGCCCUCCAUAUGUAUCUUCAUCAUCGAGCGUUCUCCACCCUCCGCCGAAUGCGUCGGCAUUUCACGCACCUUCUCCAGCGUUUCAUCCAUGUCCACCCACCCAACUGACCCGCCAAAACCCGUCCGCACCACCAGUAUUCGCCCCGGCCCCAUCUGCUCCUGCGUACGAACCGCCUUCUUAUUCGACGAGCACCAACUUCCUGUCUCAUUCGGAUGAACCUCCUCCGGCUUAUUCGGUUAUUUUCCCACCAGCUGCAAAUGAAGAGGCCAAAUAGCCAAGCAGUAUUCACACUACCAUCAAAAGGCUAAGUGAUAUGUUUGCAUGUGAUUGUUUUGAUGUGCAACGUUUUUUUUAGGUUGUAAAAUUGUCUUUGGCCAGUUGAGGAUAUUGGCAGCUUUAACAGUUACACGUCCUUAGUGGCCUUGUCGUGUUUAUUCCUGCCUUACAAUGUCCAAAGUAUUCAUGCGUUAUGUUGUAGUUUAACAGCUAUUAUGGGGUCCAAACAGUGCCAACAUUCUUGCGUGUAAAAAACACUCGCCCACCAUAAUGACCAACAUUCAAAUACAGUAGCGUAGUAGGCCUAAGUAUUCAUUAAAAACAAGGCAGAGGUUUUAUCUAACAAGUGUAUUUAAUAGUUUUGGAAAUUUUGAACAGUUACACUGUGUCUGAAUAUUUAAUUAGGUGAUUUUUUGAUUCUGCUCUACACCACAAGUGUCAAACUUAAGGCUCGGAGGCCAGAUCUGGCCCGCCACAUGGUUUAAUGUGGCCCUCAAGAGCUUUGAAAUAAAAUGCGUCAAUAAAUUGCUCUUACUUUUCUUACAAAUCGUAUUUGUUCUUUCCAUUUUGACCCAAAAGAAAGUACAUGUAUUGCAUACAAACUUUAAUAUUAUCGAAUAAUGGAACAAAUAUAAUUUAAAAUUGUGUUAGUUAAAAUAAAAAAUUAGAAUAAUAAAUAUAUGCUUGACUUAUGAUUUCAAAGCAAGUUACAGACCAAAUUGUACAGUAAAAAUGGCAAUAGAUUUUUACAGUGAAAAACUGGCAUUCCAGUUGCCAGAAUAAAAAAAUAAAAAACCUAUACUACCGUUUUUUUCAUUUACAUGUAAUUAUAAUUAUAAUAAUAAUAAUAAUAAAUACUAAUAAUUAUUAAUUAAUUAAUUAAUCAUUAUUACUAACAGUACAAAUAAAUAUAAAAGAAUAAUAAACAUGGGCUUGACUUCCGAUUUCAAAGCAAGUUAUCCAUCAAAUUGGACAUUCUAAAAAUGGCAAUAGAUUUUACAGUAAUAAAAUGGCAACUCAGUUGCUAGAAUUAAAAACAAAUGUUUUUUAAAACUAUAGUAUCCUUUUUACCAUCUACAUGGAUGAUUGAUUAAAUGCUUGUUUGUAUGUCCUAGGGUUGUACGGUAUACCGGUACUAGUAUAGUAUCGCGGUACUAAUGAAUCAAAAGCGGUACUAUACUCGGAGGUACCGGUUCCUGGGCAUGACGGCGUGUUGUCACGUCGUGACAUUGCUGGUUUUAUGAACGGAGGAGCAUGUUCAGCAGCGCACAAUCACGGAGUACUUACAAGCAGACACAGUGUGUAAACAGAAAAGGGAGAAUGGAUGCAUUUUGGCUUAAAAACUAAAGAUAAAGGUGAAGUUAUAACACUGAAACGCCCUCAGGAAGAGGUGCUUUAAGACAUGGCUCGCGUAGUAGGCCUAAGUAUUCAUUACAAACAAGGCCAUGGUUUUAUUUCACAAGUGUAUUUAAUAUUUUUGGCCACGGUAACACAUUUUGAACAGUUACACUGUGUCUGAAUAUUUAAUUAGGUGAUUUUUUUGAUUCUGCUCUACACCACAGGUGUCAAACUUAAGGCCCGGAGGCCAGAUCUGGCCCGCCACAUGGUUUAAUGUGGCCCUCAAGAGCUUUGAAAUAAAAUGCGUCAAUAAAUUGCUCUUACUUUUCUUACAAAUCGUAUUUGUUCUUUCCAUUUUGACCAAAAAAAAGUACAUGUAUUGCAUACAAACUUUAAUAGCAGCUAACAUCCAUCCACAGUCUGCAGUGUUUAGCUGCUUCUAAAUCACUAAUCCUCGCCUCCAUGGCGACGGAUAAAGUACAUUUCUUACGAGUAUCAUCCCUGCAGGACGAGGAAUAGCUAAUUGAGAGUCACAUCACAGUUAUGGUUACCCUCACAGGGCCAUUUUUAACAAUGAAUAAUAUAUUGUUUUGUUUUUUACAGCAUAAAACAAAAUUUAAUAAAUGGAAUGGAAUGGAAAAACAAUACCACUGUUUUUAGCGGUAAAAUUCAUGCAACAGAGUUGCCCGGUUCUUUUUAACCGUAAAAUCUUGUUGUUUUAAUGUUAUUUUUUGUUAGUUUUUUUAUGUUUUAGUGUCUUUAUAUGGAAAAAAAACAGCACCAAAGUUGAUUUUACAGUAAAAAAAAAGUCAGUCGGCGGAAUUUAACCGUAAAAUUUAAUUUUACAGUAUACAAUUUGCUUGGUAAUUUGUUUUGAAAUCCUAAGUCAAGCAGACAUUUAAGUACAAUAUUUAUCUUUAUUUUUGCCCAAAAAAUAUUUUUGGAAUAAAUGAUUAUAUUAUAUAUUGUCAUAUAUUGAAUUUCAAAAGAUAUGCAAGUGCAUGCAGUACAUGAUUUUUAAUGUCAAAAGGGAAAUAAAUAUACUUAGUAAGAAAAGAUUAAACAUUUUAUUAACGCAUAUUAUUUCUAGGCUUUCGCGGGCCACAUAAAAUAUUGUGGCGGGCCAGAUUUGGCCCCUGGGCCUUGAGUUUGACACCUGUGAUCUACAUAUAAUAAUGUGCUGUAAAAUCCAUCCUAAAUUUUGCGAUUGGUCACUUUAAAUGUCCACUCUGUCCUGUGACACAUUAUGUAUACACAUAUAAAUACCAAAAGAAACAGAGAAACACAUCCCAAGUGCAAACAGUGUUCGUGGAUUUCCGCUGGAUGCGAAACGGCGGACUCUUUCCGUUUCCAUUCAAGUCUUUUUGUCAGGCAUGGUAUUGACGUUACGCAUUGCAACGCUAAAUUAGUGUGGCUUUUCUGCAACGUGUUUUUAGCGGGCCAGGAUUUUGGUACUGCUUUGACGCUCUAAGGCAGAGGUAUCUAAAAUGUUUCCACUGAGGGUCACACACUGAAAAAUGAAAGGAUGCGGGGGACAUUUUGAUAUUUCUAACUUUUAAAACCAGUGUAAUAUGAACACUUUUUGAAAGAAAAGUCAGUUUUUUGUUAUUAGUGUGGACAUUUCAACUUUUUUUCUGUUCCAUUACACCUGUUUGGUCUUUUAUUUCACUGUUUUGUGGGGUUUUAAUCCUUGUUUUUUUAACAAUUGUAUUUUUAAAAUGUGCUGUGGGCCGUUUAAAAAUAAGCUGUUGGCCGCAAAUGACCCCCGGGCCACACUUUGGACACCCCUGUCGUGAGGCAUCGUUUGCUGGAAAUUAUGACACAAGAAAAUGAAUAAAAGGAAAAAAAUCUUAAUGAAGUUGCAUUAGAGAUACGGUAUUAAUCAAAAAUAUUCACAAUUUCAAUGACAAUAAUUGUGAGAAUUAAUAUGAUUGGGACCGACCUAACUCUGUUAAAAAAAAACAUUUUUAGUAGCACAAUUUUAUGUUAAAAACAAUUAUUUUUUUUGCCAUUGACACAACUUAAGAUACAGUUGCAGGUUUGGAAAAAUAUAUUUUAUUUUUACCAAACUGCUGUGCCUCCCCUGCAGCCUUCUGGUGUCUCCCUAUGGUAAAGAAAAGUGUUAUAAUCUAAACCAGGGGUGUCCAAACUUUUUGACUUGGGGGCCACACUGGGCUAAAUUAUGUCAAGUAACUAUGUAUAUAUAUAUGGACUGCAUGUAAUGUAAGUAUAUAUAUGUAUAUAUAUAUAUAUAUAUAUAUAUAUAUAUAUAUAUAUAUAUAUAUAUAUAUAUAUAUAUAUAUAUAUAUAUAUAUAUAUAUAUACAUUAGGUCAGGAAAAAACACAGAGGCUAUAUUAAAGUUAAAGUACCAAUGAUCUUCACACACACACUAGGUGUGGCGAAAUUAUUCUCUACAUUUGACCUAUCAUCCCUACAAGCCUGUGAAACAGGCUUGUAGGUAUGAUUUAGCCUCUGUUUUUUCCUGAUCUAAUGUAUAUUCUGCUCUACCUCUGUAUUGAGCACUGUAUAACGGAUAAACCAAAGAAACCUUGACAUACAUUAUAUAUAUA